AUGGACGGCCCGCAGCACACAGUCGAGCACGCACGCAACCCUGCAGCCCUCGCCGCCGCCACCCCCCUCCCGCCCACACCUCCUCCUCGCCCUCAGGCUCACCCUUCCCCCGCGACCGAGCGCGCCUUGUCGCUCGAGCACGUCGUCCUGCGCGUCCUCUCGCACCUCGACAGCAUCCACUUCGAGGACGAGCACCAGCACGACCCGGCCCACGCCACAAACACGGACCUCGUCGCGUGCGCCCUCGUCGCCCCGCUGUGGCGCGUCAUCGCCCGCGACCUCCUCAACGAGCACCUCAUCUUCACCAAGGGCACCACCGUCCGCAAGUGGCUAGAUGGCCUCGGCGACGACGGCAUCCCCCGCUCGCCGACCCGCUCGCUCAGCUUGCGCGACGACCUCCCGUUCAAGCCCUCGAGUCGCGACGGCGACGGCGCAAAGUGGUCGUACGCCGACAUUGCGCUCCUGUUCGCCAAGGUCAAGGGCCUCGACCACCUCGAGAUCAUGUUUGUCCGGCAGGACGAGAUCCCGGGCGACCUCUUGACCCACGAGAACCUCGCCUCGGUCACGUACCUCGCCCUCGGCUGCCCCGUGUCGAAGCCGACCAAGCCGCUCCCGUUCAGGCUCGCCGCGGUCCAGCUCUUUGACCCGUCGAGCGAGGACGAGCGCCUCGACCGCGACUGGACCUCGACCGCCAUCCUCCUCGGCACGUCGCCCGCCCUCGCCAACCUGCGCUACUUGCGCCUCGAGACGUUCCCGCGAGCGGCCGAGUACCUCGCCCGCAUGUUCCGCCUCGCGCCGCGCAUCAAGAACCUCUGCCUGUCGGUCCUCCGCGACGAGCCAAACCUGUGGCAAGUGCACCUCUUCGCGACGCUCUGCACGAGCCUCGUGUCGCUGCACGUCGAGCACCUCCUCGACACGGGCCCAAGGGUCCUCACCUCGUUCCUGACCGGGCCCCCGUCCGUCAACAUCGGCAACGUGCGCGGCACCGUCGGGCACGACCACCCGUUCGUCCUGCAGGCCCUCGUCCCGCCGUGCCCGGUCGACGAGCUGUUCAAGGCGCUGCGGCGCUGCCGGCCGGGCUCGAUCCGCCGCGUCACCUUCCGCCGCAUCGCCCUCGCCUCGUACGACUACGAGGCCGACUUUAUCCAGCUCCACGACAUGUGUGGCAUCCGCUUCAACGGGACCCUCGUCAGUGCCAUGACCAAGAACGACUGGGCCUAUCUCGACCACCUCGUUCGUCAGUCGCAGGCCGAUCCUCGUUGGCAGGAGCAGCACCCGAGGCAGGAGGUCGACGAGGUCGCGUGA